GUUCUAUCCUGUCCUGUAGGACUUCUAUGAGUCAGAAUCUACUCAAUGGCAGCGAGUUUGUGAGUUUGUUUUUUAUCCAGAAUUAACAAACCCACCAGGCGAUCUUCUGGAGAAAGAGAAGGCUUUCUACCCCACUAAAGAUCUUUAGCCUAAGAAAUCCAAAGGGACAGUUCUAGCCUAUCCUAUAGGGUCCUGUGAGUUGGAACUACCUUGAUGGCAGUGAGUAUUUUUGAGUCUGAGUGGCUAAAGUGAUGGAGGAAGUGAUGCAAGAAAGUGACAUCAGUCUUUUAGAGAUGUGGAAACUGGGUCCAUGCUGAUCUUGCCACAAAGUUAAUGAUAAAGAUUGCCCCUUUAGUAGCAUACUUGGCAAUAGUGGUGCUUCUGGUAAAUCAUAUUUCUAAAAAUUUUAUUUUUGAAAGGUUUCGUAUAAAAGGCAUCUGAACUCCCAGAUUUUUGAAGGAUAAUUCAGAAUUCUCAUUGUUCUCUUUCACUUUGCCAAGUUUGUCUUCUUUUAGAAGAAAUUUGUGAAGAUUAAUUAUUUCCUAUUAAUGUUAUCUGAGUUAUUUUUCUUAAAUUUUUUUUAAAUUUGCCGAUUUCAUUAAUAUUUUCAUUUUUGAUCAAGCAAAGGACCCCCGGUGACGUACUUGGAUAUGAAUUGGGCUGCAAACUGCGAGGUCUCCAGUUCUAACCCACCUCCGACUCAGAGGGAGAGAGAAAGAUGAGACUUUCUACUCCCACAAAGAUUCACAGCUUGGCAGACCCUACAGUGCAGUUCUACUCUGCCCUAUAAAGUCAUUGUGAGUUGGAAUCAACUCAGUGACAGUGGAUUUGGGCCAUGGCCAAACAGGUUUAUGUGUUGAUCUUUAAAAUAUAUUCUGUGUUUUUUAUUUUCCUUGGUACUAGAGUUGUUAACUAAUCCAAAGUGUAAGUGCGUGUAUGUAUAUGUUAUGUAUAUAAAUAUGUAUCUAAAACCAAACCAAAACCUAUUGUCCUUGAGUUGAUUCCAGUUCAUAGCGAUCCAGUAAGACUGAGCGGGGCUCCCACAUAGGGGCUCCACUGCUGUGAAUUUUUGCGGAAACAGACUGCCACAUCGUUCUCUGGCAGAGCAGCUAGUGGGUUCAAACCGUGGACCUUUUGGAUAGCCGUCAAAUGCAAACUGCAAGGAGGAGGUUUUCAGUUUCUGGAUUCCCCUUUACUCAAGAAAAUACAGAGCAUGGAAGCUCAAUUUCUAACUACCCCACCCAGGGCGCUGUGCAGCCCGUCCACCUUGCUGAGGGUCUCGCUCUUUUUUCAGGCCUUCUCGAGGGCCUGGCCCUUCCUGAGGACACACCCAAAACAUUGGUGGACUUCAAGGAUGUGCUUGUGGACUUCACCAAGGAGGAGUGGAAACUCCUGAACAUGGCUCAGCAGAUCAUGUACAGGCAUGUGAUGCUUGAGAACUAUAAGAACCUGAUUUCCUUGGGUCAUCAGUUUCCUAAACCAGAUGUGAUCCUCCGGUUGGAGAGAGGUGAAGAGCCUUGGCCAGUAGAGAUUCGCCAGGAGACCUUUCCAGAUUCCGAGACUGCAGUUCAAAUUCAAUCACCAAUAUCCAAUGAGAGCAUUCUCGAGGAGAAACAGAUCUUUGACACUAAAAUGGAAGGAAUGGCAAAGAAUGACCUCUGGUAUUUGUCAUUAGAAGAAAUCUGGAAAUGUGAAGACCAGUUGAACAGGUAUCAGGAAAACCAGGAGAAACAUUUGAGGCAAGUGGCAUUCACACAGAAGAAAGUGCUUUCUCCAGAGCGAGUCUGCGAACAUGGCAAAUAUGGGGGGAAUGGUCUUCUCCCUGCUCAUGUGGCACUGAGAGAGUAUUUCCACAAACAUGACUCACAUAUUAAAAGUGUAAAACAUAAGUUAGUGUUCAGUGGUCAUCAGGAAAGCUAUGCAAGUAACAAGGAAUGUGGCCAAACAUUCUGUCAAAACAUUCACCUUAUUCAAUUUACAAGAACCCAGACAGGAGGUAAAAUAUAUAAAUGUCCUGAUACUGAUGACUCUCGUACUCGUGGUACUUCCCUUGGCAUGUCAAAGGGCACACUUAGAGAGAAACCUUAUGAAUGUAAAGAAUGUGGAAAAUUCUUCAGUUGGCGCUCUAAUCUGACCAGACACCAGCUUAUUCAUACUGGAGAGAAACCGUAUGAAUGUAAAGAAUGUGGAAAGUCUUUCAGCCGGAGUUCCCACCUCACAGGACACCAAAAGACUCACACUGGUGAGGAGCCCUAUGAAUGUAAAGAAUGUGGGAAAUGCUUCAGCUGGUUCUCUCACCUUGUUACACAUCAGAGAACUCACACAGGAGACAAACUGUAUACAUGUAAUCAGUGUGGGAAGGCAUUUGUGCAUAGCUCCAGGCUUAUUAGGCAUCAGAGAACCCACACUGGAGAGAAACCCUAUGAGUGUCCGGAAUGUGGAAAGUCCUUCAGGCAAAGCACACACCUUAUUCUGCACCAGAGAACACAUGUUAGGGUCAGGCCCUAUGAAUGUAAUGAGUGCGGUAAGUCUUAUAGUCAGAGAUCUCAUCUUGUCGUGCAUCAUAGAACUCACACUGGGCUGAAGCCUUUCGAAUGCAAAGAUUGUGGGAAAUGCUUUAGUAGAAGCUCUCACCUUUUUUCACAUCAGAGAACCCAUACUGGAGAGAAACCCUAUGAAUGUCACGACUGUGGUAAAUCCUUCAGCCAGAGCUCUGCUCUGAUUGUACAUCAGAGAAUCCAUACUGGAGAGAAACCAUAUGAAUGUUGUCAGUGUGAGAAAGCCUUCAUUCGGAAGAAUGACCUUAUUAAGCAUCAAAGGAUUCAUAUUGGAGAAGAGACUUUUAAAUGUAAUCGGUGUGAAAUUAUCUUCAGCCAGAGCUCUCCAUACAUCGUACAUCAAAUAGCACAGACUGGAGAAAAAUUCUUCACAUGUCAUCAGUGUGGUACAGCUCUUGUGAAUAGUUCUAACCUUAUCAGGUACCAGACAGGUCCUACUGGAGAAAACACUUAUUAACAUGACCAUAGAAAAUUCUUCACAAAGAACGAUAACUUUGUUUUACCUCACAGAACUCAUUUUGGGGAGACAGCAAGAUAAGUGGAAUCCGUGUGAAAAUUUUUCAGUAUCAUUACUACCCCUGUUGGGUACCAGAUAGAAUUAUCUAGUUAAAAAUAAUAAUAGCAAACAAACAAAAAGGCGAGAAAACCCUUACAAAUUACAUUUUAGUACUUUAUAGUGGGGUUUUUUCCUUUCCACGAAUUCUUAUAAAAUAAAUUGUCCUAGAAGCAUUUUUAAAUCUUGCAUCUUAGCAGGAAUAAUUAAGUUGUUUAGUAGUUGUUGAGAGGUGACCCAACUUUAUUAACUUAUCAUAAAGAAAAUGAAUGAUAUGGAUUGUAUUCCAAUGAGUUAGUAUGCCAUUCAAUUUCCUGUGAGAUAUUUAGUAGUUUUUAAAUCUGUUUUAUGUGUCUUAUAUAAACCAGUUUGAUUAGCAGCAGGAAAAGUGCUUGUCAGGCAGGUAAAGAAGACAACAUUUACACUACUAGCAGCAUGGAUUGGAAUGUAGGCAAAAGUGUCUAUGUAUAAGUGAACAGAAUAGAUUCCUAUAAAACUUUUUUUUAUGGUUCCUUCA